AUGUUGCAACGUACGAAACGGGCCGCUCGAGCGUGUUAUUGGUGUCGUCACCGCAAGGUGCGCUGUGAUGCAUCUAUCCGUGGCUGUCCUUGUACUCGGUGUCAGCAAGAUGGCCGAGAUAACUGUACUCUUCGAUUAAGAAUUCCGAGACGGUCUAAAAAUUCUGACCCUGACUCGGAGCAACAAUCUACGAAUCCAACGAGAGAUUGGGAUUUCAACAAUCUAGACGAAUCUGUAGAUAAGGUAUUCAAUUACAGCAGAAUCUCCGAUGGUCUCGAUGCUGUUAUCAAUCUUGACGGCGAUACGUCCUUCAUCUUCUACCCUUUCCUUGAGCUACACGGUCUUCUUCAUCUAGCUCAAGAGGAUGUGACAUAUCUAUCAUCAAAGGGAUGCUUCAGUAUUCCCAACUGGCUGACUAUUAAUGAGUUUGCCCGGCAAUACUUCCUCCAGAUUCAUCCUUGUCUUCCUGUUCUGGAUGAGGCUGAGUUCUGGCGUAUUGCCGUUGAUUCGGAUAAUGGGUUCACUGGAUCACGGAAAAUAUCGUUGUUUGUUUUUCAGGCAUUCCUAUUUGCGAGCUGCCCAUUUGUCCCGUUGGAAACGCUACAAAAAUGCGGAUUUACCAACAAGCGAGAUGCAAGAACAACAUUAUACAACCGUGCAAAGUUACUCUUCGAUCUCAAAGCCGAAACCGACCCGUUCGCGAAAGCUCAAGGCGCCGUCCUUCUCACCCACCAUACGUCAACUGACGAUCCCCAAGCCGGUAGUAUCUGGUUGAUGCGCGCUAUCCAGAAUGCCAUGAUCGUCGGCUGCUCUCAAGAAAUAUCUUCUACAGAGAUCGUGGUAUCAAUGAAAAAGCGGUUAUGGUGGUCUAUCCUUCUCCGGGAUCGGGUCAUUUCCAUUGGCCUGCGGCGUCGUCCGCAAGUGACAUCGAUGGAGUUCAACACCGGAGAUAACUGGCUGAAAGAGGAGGAUUUCUCAGAGGAUAUAUCCCAAUCUCGAGUAUACGAAGAAGAUGUGAAAAUUCUGCUCUUUCAAGUUAUGCAGGAGCAGUGCAGACUGGCUGUCCUUCUGACGGAUAUGGUUGCGCUGGUGUUCUCAUCACAUGGCAUUUCGUCGCCAUCACUGUCGCUUCCAGAGUUCAAGGCCGUCAUUGCUGCUAUCAAGAGAAUCAAAUGUUCGUUGGAUAAGUGGGAAGCUGGAUCUAGUUUUCUUCCUUCGACGAGCCAUGAACCAGUGACUUUGUUUACUAACUUGACGUAUAUGUACUACUAUGCUGCAAGGGUUGAUCUGGCUCAGUAUGAAGCAAUGAUUAUUGAGAAGCAUCUUGCCUUCACUGGGAACGAUUAUCCCAAUCAACUGGUGAACACAGGCAAGGAUCUUCAGAAUGCCAUGACUGGCUUAACUGGUGUUAUGGAGUUUUUCAGCGGAGAGGGUCGUGCAGAAAGGCUACCCCUCAGUGUACUGGCAUACGCAGCCAUGCCGCUCGUUCUCACUGCCAUCGACGUAAAACUUUCACCCUCACAGUCAGAAAUGAUUAUACGACAACGCCGUCUAGAACGUCUAGGAGAAAUCGUCCGCCACUCGAAGGCGCUCUACGACGUGACUGACUUCGUGGCGAUGAAAACUAACAAUAUCUUGCAGUUAGCAUACAUCACCACCCAAGAUGUCUUUCUUCGAUGCGGCUCACAUGCCGUUCAAGAGCCGCCAAGAAUGCACUCUGAAAUAUCCAUUGGAUCACCUGCUGAUACACCUACUGAUGGACUGGGUUCUUUUAUCCAAGGACGACCCACAAACUGGCAUGAUGCAUUCCUCGGCAAUCCUCGAGCAUACCUACGCAUAUCGACAACGGUUGACUAUGGCCUGUCGAAUGGUCGACUACCUUAUGAAAAUGCUCUUCCUCGAUUGGUUCGACACCUGCCGUGGGUGGGAUUGACAAGGCUUCCCUGGACGCAGGAUAGUGAAGAACAGCCAAACGGUAUAGAUGAGCCAGACCAAAGGAAAUCCGAGUUCAAGCUUGCUAGCUCUUGUGAUACCCAGAAUCGAGUGUACGAUGAUAUCUGGACAGUUAUUCCUGGACUGGCUGGGAAGGACCAUGAAGAUAUGCCGGACAACUAUGACUCGCCCACUGAAAGGGAGCUUGCGGGACAUGCUGUCAAUCUCGACUAUUUCGACCUGGGGGGUAUUCCAUCCAGAAACAGUCCCCAAUCAGAAGGUGAGGUUGUAGGAUUGCAGGAUGUACUCGACAGUGAAGAGCGCCAACCAGUGGAAGACACUGUAUCAUCAGGUGAGAUGGAAUAUACUCAGGAUGUGGACUGCGAGAUUGAUUCAGGACUGUUUACUUCAUUGCUCCGUGCGCCACUAGAUGAUCUGCCUUGA